AUGAAAACUAUAAUUCUUCUUGGGCUUCUGGGAGCCACAAUGUCAGCCCCACUUAUCCCACAGCGCCUUAUGUCUGCAAGCAACAGCAAUGAGUUACUUCUGAAUCUUAAUACUGCUCAGCUUCAGCCACUACAGUUUCAGGGCCCAUUUAAUUCAUGGAUUCCUCCUUUCUCUGGGAUUCUACAACAGCAGCAGCAAGCUCAAAUUCCAGGGCUCUCCCAAUUCUCUUUAUCAGCUUUUGACCGGUUGGCUGGACUGUUCCCAAAUCAGGCACCUUUCCCAGGAUGGGUCAGUUUUGCCCAGGGAACUCAGGUGGGACAGCUGGACCCCUCACAGCCUCAAACAUCACCACAGACCCAACAGGGCUCUAAUCAUGUUAUGCCCUAUGUGUUCUCCUUCAAAAUGCCUCAAGAGCACUCUCAGAUGUUUCAGUACUAUCCAGUCUACAUGCUCCUACCUUGGGAACAACCUCAACAGACAGCCACACAGUCACCUCCACAAACAGGACAGCAGCAAUUUGAGGAGCAGAUGCCAUUCUAUACCCAAUUUGGAUAUAUUCCAGUACAAGUAGAACCUGUUAUACCGGGAGUCCAGCAGCAACUAGCCUUAGAUCCCUUCACAGACACAGCUUCUGAAACUGUUGUGAUGCCAGCAGGAGCACAAAAAGAAAUGAUAAACUUUAAGCAUGCCAACAGAGGACUUUUCAUUCCUUCUACUUCACAAAAACCCAGCACUACAAAUUAUUUUGCUCCUGCUAUAGACCCAACUAUUACCCCCCAGGUGAUGGAAAAGAAGGGAGGCCAAUAA